UUGAAAGGGACUGUAUUGGUCAAGUUCAAAGUAAAUAUAUUAUCCAAGUAUGUAUAUGUCACUAUAUAAUUGCCUUGAGAGUCAUUUUCUUGCAGGCAUUCACAGUAGAACAGGUAUAUAAAUAGAAUCUAUGAAAAACUAAACACAAAGACUGAAAAGCAAUCAAUGUGCAAAAGAGAUAAUGUUGAGAACAAGAGUUGCAGAGUCUUUGAUUGUCAGUCUAUAGGUUGUGAAAUUGGUUCAGUGUUGAGGUGACUGUCAGGCAGGUUUAGGAGCCUGACGGUAGAAGGGUAAUAACCAUUCUUAAACCUGGUGGCGUGGACCCUGAGGCUUCUGUGCCUCUUCACCGAUGGCAACAGCGAGAAGAAAGCGUGGACUGGAUGGUGUGGGGCCUUGAUGAUGGAUGCUGCUUUUUUGUGGCAGUGCUCUUUUUAGAGGCCACCAAGGUGAUGAGUACCGACAGACUGUCCAGCUUCAGCGAAGAUGAGCGAGGGUAUGAUGAUGUGGUUCCGUACAGCGAUGACGAGACGGACAAUGAACUGGAUAGUUCCAAUGAAAGGCUGAACGAUAUAGAACAGAACGAAAUUGCCCAGCAAGAUCCUGAUCGGCGGCAGUUGAAAAAUGAGUACACAUGGAAAGUCAAAGCAAAUGACCGAAACUUUUACGAUCAGUUCACUGUCAGGAAAUUUGGCUGCUUUAGAGAAAGCAAAUACUCGGGGAAUGCGAUCCGAACAUAUAAAUACAACUUUAUCACCUUCCUACCGUUUAACCUGAUGGAACAGUUCAAACGGGCGGCCAAUGCCUACUUUCUGGCUCUCCUCAUUCUGCAAGCGAUUCCACAGAUCUCCACCUUGGCUUGGUACACUACACUUGUUCCUCUGCUGCUGGUGUUGGGAAUAACAGCGGUCAAGGACCUGGUGGAUGACAUUGCAAGGCAUAAAAUGGACAAAAUCGUCAAUAAUCGGUUGUGUGAUGUCCUACAGAAUGGCAGAUUUAAGCCAGCAAAAUGGAGGAGCAUCAAAGUUGGAGAUAUUGUACGGUUGAAGAGGGAUGAUUUUAUUCCAGCUGACAUCCUGCUACUGUCGAGUUCGGAGCCCAACAGUUUAUGCUACGUAGAGACAGCUGAACUUGAUGGUGAAACAAAUCUGAAGUUUAAAAUGUCAUUGGAAGUUACAGACAGACUACUUAAGAACGAAAAGGACUUGGAGACUUUUGAUGGUUUGAUUGAAUGUGAAGAGCCAAAUAAUCGUCUGGACAAGUUUGCCGGCACCCUGUACUGGAGGAACCAAAGUUACCCGCUUGAUGCAAAUUCAAUCCUACUACGUGGCUGCACGGUCCGCAACACAGACACAACCCAUGGAAUUGUAAUAUUUGCAGGGGCAGACACCAAAAUCAUGAGGAACGGUGGGAAAACAAACUUCAAGAGGACCAAAAUUGACCAGCUGAUGAACUACAUGGUCUACAUGAUCUUCCUUUUACUCAUACUUUCCUCAACUGGUCUUGCCAUUGGGCAUACAUUCUGGCAAAGUGAAUUGGGCAACUUCAGCCGGUCAUGGUAUCUCGACGAUGGGAAAACGGACACACCCACGUAUAGAGGGUUCCUUACUUUUUGGGGUUAUAUCAUUGUUUUGAACACCAUGGUGCCCAUUUCACUUUAUGUAAGUGUUGAAGUGAUCCGUAUGGGCCAAAGCUACAUGAUAAACUGGGACUUCCAGAUGUACUACGCUGAGAAGGAUACGCCAGCCAAAGCCCGCACGACCACAUUGACGGAACAACUCGGACAGAUAGAGUAUAUCUUCUCUGAUAAGACAGGAACUCUGACACAGAACAUCAUGGCGUUUAAGAAGUGUAGUAUCAGUGGCACAACAUACGGGGUAUUGCGCAAUGCCGCAGGAGACAGAACUGACAAAGCAGAGCUUGUGGACUUCAGCUGGAACGAGUAUGCUGAUGGGAAACUCAGAUUUUAUGACCAUUAUUUGCCUCAACUUAUUAAUUCAGGACGUGAUCCAUCAGCAGGAGAAUUCUUUAAAUUGCUUGCUCUCUGUCACACUGUGAUGGUGGAAGAUAAUAAUGGGCAAAUUGUCUACCAAGCCGCUUCUCCUGAUGAAGGAGCCCUUGUCACAGCAGCCAGGAAUUUCGGAUUUGCCUUUCUCUCCCGGACACAGAAUUCCAUCACAAUAAGUGAACUGGGGAUAAAAAGGACAUAUGAAGUGCUCGCCAUUUUAGAUUUCAAUAGUGACAGGAAGCGAAUGUCCAUCAUCUUGCGAGAGCCAGAGGGCAAAAUCAAACUCUACUGUAAAGGGGCUGAUACAGUCAUCUAUGAGAGAUUACAUCCGCACAACCCAAGUAGAGAGACUACAGAAGAAGCUUUGAAGGAAUUUGCUGAUGAGACGCUCAGAACUCUUUGCCUGUCAUACAAGGACAUCAGUGAAGGGGAAUUUACAAAGUGGAAUAUAAAGUUUAAAGCUGCCAGCAUUUCCACAAACAAUCGUGAUGAGGCACUUGAUAGAGUCUAUGAAGAAAUUGAGAAGGAUUUGUUGCUUCUGGGAGCCACUGCGAUAGAGGAUAGAUUGCAAGAUGGUGUUCCAGAGACUAUUGAUGUUCUUAAAAAGGGUGAUAUUAAAAUCUGGGUGCUAACAGGUGACAAGAAAGAAACUGCUGAAAACAUUGGCUUUUCCUGUCAACUGCUAACUAAUGACAUGACCCUUUAUGAUGGGGAGGAAAUUAAUUCCAUGCUCAGCAAAAUGCAAAGAACAAAACCGACACUCGGAGAAACCAAUGCCAACAUAAAAGAUGUCUUCAAAAAGGAGGGAAACUGUGCAAUGAUAAUCACUGGCUCUUGGUUGAAUGAAAUACUCAGAGAAAAGAAAGUAAGAAAAAAGAAAUGGUUCAAGCGACCAAAAACUGAGAAUGAGAAGAAGAUGCAAAUGGAGAUGGAUCAAAAUAAUGAAGCUGCUAAAGAACAGAGGCAGAGAGACUUUGUGGAUUUGGCAUGUCAGUGCUCGGCUGUAAUCUGCUGCCGCGUCACUCCUAAGCAGAAAGCCAUGGUUGUCAACUUGGUGAAGAAAUACAAGAAAGCAAUUACACUGUCAAUUGGAGAUGGAGCUAAUGAUGUUAACAUGAUAAAAACUGCUCACAUUGGAGUGGGAAUCAGUGGCCAGGAAGGCAUGCAGGCUGUCAUGUCGAGUGACUAUGCCUUUGGACAGUUUCGGUUCCUUCAGCGACUGCUCUUGGUUCAUGGAAGGUGGUCGUACAUCCGCAUGUGCAAGUUCUUAAAGUACUUCUUCUACAAAAACUUUGCAUUUACUUUAGUGCAUUUCUGGUAUUCCUUUUUCAAUGGAUUUUCUGCACAGACUGCAUAUGAGAAUUGGUUUAUCACACUAUACAAUGUUCUGUACUCCAGUCUUCCAGUGUUGGUGGUUGGGGUGCUUGAUCAGGAUGUCAACGAUAAAUUGAGUCUUCGGUUUCCGAAGCUUUAUAUACCAGGGCAAAAAGGCUCGUACUUCAAUUUUACAAAGUUCUUUCUCAGUUUGCUUCAUGGUAUUAUUAUAUCCAUGAUAAUUUUCUUUAUACCAUAUGGAGCCUUCCUUCAAACAAUGGGUCAAAAUGGUGAAGCACCAACAGAUUACCAGUCAUUUGCAGUCACCACAGCCUCCGCUCUAAUUAUAGCUGUGAAUUUCCAGAUUGCUCUGGACACCUCUUACUGGACCUUUGUCAAUGCCUUUUCAGUCUUCGGAAGCAUUGUGUUUUAUUUUGCAAUCAUGUUUGACCUUCAUAGUGCAGGAAUCCAUAUCCUCUUCCCGUCGACCUUUAUGUUUACUGGUGCAGCUCCUAAUGCCCUUCGACAGCCAUAUCUAUGGUUGACUAUCAUCUUAACUGUGGCAAUCUGUCUCCUCCCUGUUGUUGCUAUUCGUUUCAUGUCUCAGGUUCUGAGCCCCUCAGAAACAGAUAAAAUUCAAAUGAACCGCAAAAAAUAUGAGAUUGAACCGAAGCCCAAACCAAGUCGGCCAACUGCUUUCCAACGGAAUGCAUCAGUUCGUCGAUCAGCCUAUGCAUUUUCACAUCAACAAGGAUAUGCUGAUCUAAUUUCUUCAGGUCGCAGUAUUCGUAAGAAAGCGCGCCCUGAACUACGUAUCAGCAAUCGGACGCAGGAAACAGCUGGUGCCAAUACAAGAUGAAGUCCCCAUUGUGAUGACUUUGUCAGUGACUAUUUUAUUGUUGAAAGGAAAACAACCUUUUUAAAAAAAAAUCUCAGGAUCGACUGGAGGAAGUUUCCAAUACAUUCAAUAACAUGACUUUCACACACUAUGGGGUAUCUGGGAUCCUCCUAAUUUGCACAAAAGAAAGAUGAGGAAAUCUGCAGGGGCCAACCACUAUAUUUAAGCAUCAAGAGGUGAUGAACCUGGUUUCCAAGCAUUGUUCUCCUAUUGCUACAUGGUGAAAUUUUAUGGAUUUUCAUUUGAGACUUUUGUGAGUAAUAAAGUGAUACAGAAUUUUGUUUUAUGGACUUGCAGAAACUACCUGACUAGAUUGUGUUUUUCAUGUUUACAUCAUGUAAGUUACUCAACUUUUAUUCAAUUUGUGAAUACAAAAUGUUUCACCUUUAAUACUUUACCAAAUAUGAUGGCAUUAAAUCUUUUAUAAAAUUCUGAUUUUUUUCCCACUAUUCAAACUCUAAAGUCCAGUUAUGAAAGAUCACUUAAAAUCUGCACUGCCAUUUUUAUUUUCUGAUCUUAAGUUCUUAAAUAUUUUUUCCAGAAGUUAUUAAAUAUUUAGUUUAAAUGUUUCUCCUUAUGAACUUUUUAAACAAAUGUAUUUGCCUUGAAGCAUUAAAUGUCUGUAUUUAAUGGAUUUUUCAGGGUGUUUUUCUGUAUUAAAUAAGGACAA